AUGGAGAGGAAAAGCUUCGCCCUGGAGCUCCGGUUCAACCCCAUGCUGGACUUGCGUGUCUUCAACGCCCGGGAAAUCAUCAUCCCCGAUUUCGGCUUCUUGUCCGCCGCCGCCCGUCCGGCCACCGUCACGCCCCACAUAACCCUCCUCUCCGGCAACUACCAGGGGCCCACCCUCGCCGCCGUCGUCCGCCACUUCACCGACCGCCCCAAAACUUACAUCUCCCUCUCCUUCUCCGCUGUCCACGUCUUCUCUAACGAACUACUCGACCACCAGAACUUCGUCGCCGCCCUCGCCGCCGCCCCCUCCCCCCACCUCCUCAACUUCCACUCCGACCUCUGCAAAGCCCUUCGGCAGGCCGGCCUCCCCGUCGCCCACGAGUUCCUGCCGGGCAUGUGGCUGCCGCACUGCCCGCUGGAGGAGCAGUUGCCGGAUUUAAUGGUGCCGGACGUGCUAGACAGGGCGCGCCGGCUACUCCGUUUGCCGAUCUCCGGCCUAUCUCUGAAGAUGACGAUGGUGGAGCUCUUGCCUCACCGAUAUGACCUCCACGAAUUUGGUUUCUGGGAAGCCGCCGAUCCUCCACAUGCUUAG